GAAAGCCCGCGCAGCAACGAAGAGCCAACAGAGCCAGAAAUAAAUUUUAGAAAAUGAAGCCCAUCCCUGAGAUCACAGCCACAGAAGUGACCAUGGAGAGAUUGGAGGAUUAGCCAGACUGGACAUGUGGGAAGAGGGUGACUGAUUCUGGCUCCCCCAACAGGGAGGCUGGUGGGGAGAAUCGGGAGUUUGAUUUGGGGCGCUGUUAGGCCGUGUUGGGGCUCAGAAGGGCAGAGGGACAGGGCCAGAGCGCCCCCUGGUGGCAGGCGUAAGGGACAGAUGAGGCCACGUUGGAUGAGAUUUCUGCAUCUUUACCUUCUUUCUAGGAUUGUUCAGAGAUAGGUGUUUGCCAGGUGCGUGGCUCCACAGAUCUCGAAGGCCCUGGCAGGUGUCGGGGCCACAAACGGGGCUGGCUUCACCUCGCUGUGUAGGCCUAGCCUGCUGUUAACAUCGUGCAGACUCAAGACUCCACCCACACGUAAACCCUCCUGCAGCUGUUGCUACUUAAAUUCGCCAAGCCGCUGAUCACGGGGGGGCCUGCUGCUGAGUUCUGUGGCGGUGGAACGUGCCAGCAACAAGCUGAUAAAGCCCCAGCUUUGGGUCCUGGGUCGCCCGAGCACACCCACCUCUGCCCACCCUGGCCUCUCCACUCCACUGCAGGCACAGUCCUUGGAAAUGUCAGUAUCCAUGUGGAUGGCCCGUCCCAGCCCUGCCUCCUACUCCUUGCAAAGGGGCGUGUGUAGAAGGAGUCGUGCAAGAAGGGGGUUAUGAAGCCAGAGUGUUUCCAUAACCGCCACACGCUCAGCCAGGCCGGAUCGGAGCGGCCCCCAUCAUGGGCUGGGGAGCCGGCGGGAGCUGUACCCCGCGCCCGCCCAUCCACCAGCAGCCGGCACCCGAAACCCGAGUGGUCGCUGUGGUGUUCCUCGGCCUCCUGCUGGACCUCCUGGCCUUCACCUUGCUGCUGCCCCUGCUGCCUGCGCUGCUGGAGAGCCACGGCCGUGCGCAGGAUCCUCUUUACGGCUCGUGGCAGCGCGGGGUGGACUGGUUUGCUGCAGCUAUUGGGAUGCCAGCCGAGAGGAGGUACAACAGCGUCCUGUUCGGAGGUCUGAUUGGCUCCAUCUUCUCCUUCCUGCAGUUCCUCUCAGCGCCUCUCACGGGGGCCGCCUCUGACUGCUUGGGGAGGCGCCCGGUGAUGCUGCUGUCCCUGGCAGGCCUGGCCACCUCGUAUGCCGUGUGGGCCACUUCGAAGAGCUUUGCAGCCUUCCUGGCCUCCAGGAUGAUUGGGGGCAUCAGCAAGGGGAACGUCAGCCUCUCCACCGCCAUUGUCGCCGACCUGGGCUCAUCUCCCGCCCGCAGCAGGGGCAUGGCAGUCAUCGGGGUGGCCUUCUCUUUGGCCUUCACGCUGGGCCCCAUGCUCGGCGCCUCCCUGCCUGUGGAGACGGCGCCCUGGUUGGCCCUGCUCUUCGCGGUCUCCGAUCUGCUGUUCAUCUGCUGCUUCUUGCCAGAGACGCUGCCCCCGGAGAAGCGGGCACCGUCCAUCACGCUGGGGUUCCAAGCUGCUGUUGACCUGCUCAGCCCUUUGGCCCUGCUCUGCUUCUCAGCCGUGGCACGUGGCCCGGACCCGCCCACCGGAGUCAGGCUGGGCAGCCUGCGCCUGCUGGGCCUGGUCUACUUCCUCUAUCUCUUCCUGUUCUCCGGCCUGGAGUUCACGUUGAGCUUCCUCGUGCACCAGCGCUUCCAGUUCAGCAGCCUAGAGCAGGGAAAGAUGUUUUUCUUCAUCGGUCUCACGAUGGCCACCAUCCAGGGCGCCUACGCCCGGCGGAUCAGCCCUGGCGGGGAGAUCGCAGCUGUGAAGCGGGCCAUCCUGCUGCUCGUCCCCGCCUUCCUUCUCAUCGGUUGGGGGCACACGCUGCCCGUGCUGGGCCUGGGGCUGCUGCUCUACUCCUUCGCCGCUGCCAUCGUGGUGCCCUGCCUGUCCUCUGUGGUCGCCAGCUAUGGCUCUCCCGGGCAGAAGGGCGUGGUCAUGGGCACGCUGCGGAGCUUGGGCGCCCUGGCCAGGGCUCUGGGGCCCAUGGUGGCCGCCUCAGCGUACUGGCUGGCCGGGGCGCAGGGCUGCUACACCGUGUGCGCGGGGCUGUUCCUGCUCCCCUUCUCCCUCCUGCGGAAGCUGAGGCCUCCGGCAGCGACGCUCAAGGCCGAGUAGCUGAGCCACGCCU